GUGACAAGAAGCAGCGAUCGCCUCCGUUUCCCCGAAGAAAGGAGUGAUCAGCUUGGAGAUGAGGAGGUCAUCGCCCCCGUGAAGCCAAAUCUGACGUACAUGUCCCAAGGGAACAAGAAACUCGUCUCCGACUGGGUGGAUCAGUCGCAGGCUAUGCGAGGCAUCACUACGCUGGUGAGCGUCUUGGAAACGGCCGCGUCGACUUUAUCUGCGCGGGAGUCUAACGAGAAGAUGCCGCGGGAUGGGUACAUCAUUGUGAUUUCAAACGGCAACGAGCACAGUAUCGGCUCUCUGCUGUCAUGGAGGUUGCGCUGUGUCCAUGCCUUCGGUUUCUGCGACGCCAACAAUUCGAGUACAAUGCGCGCUAUCGCCAGCAACCGGGACAGCACUUAUGGCGUGUUGGACGACGGCGGCGGGAUCACUCGGGCCUUCGUUGGCUCCAUGGACAGCAUCAUCUCCAGCGCCGUCGAGCCGAUCGAGGUCAAACUCGAGUGCAACGAGAAGGUGCGUCUCUCCGCCAUUGAUGCUCCACGCAUCACCUACCUCAUCUCCUACGACAAGAAGAUGGGGUUCGUGUGGGGGAACGCCCGCGCGGCCGCGGCCACCAAUUUCAUCGUCUACGUGACCAACCUCCCCGACGGCAAUGUUCAUGAUCACAGCGCCUUGCGGUCACUGCUCUCGGUUGAAGUCAAGCGCAGGGCCGACGGCGCGUCUCUCGAAAAGAUCAUCGUGGUCUCCGUCGAGCAAGGCACGAAGGGAUCGAAGGAGGUGGCGGCGGAGAUGGUGCGGUCGGAGGCUGUCAGGAUCGUCGCCGGCGUGGCCGUGGAGGGCAAGUGCUGCGAGGUGUUCCACAACGCCGCGGACGACCUGCGCAGACGGUGGACAGAUCUGAUCAACGAAUCCGAUUAUGGUAAGGAGGCUCAUGGCCACCCGCUGAUAUCCGACCUCAGCGCACAGAUGCAGGACAUGGAGACAAGGCUGCACAACAACUACUUGUGGCUCGAGUACCUGCACUCGUGGUGGUCACACCAAUGGUGGCAGCUGCCUCUGCAGCCCAGAUUCAUGGAGAAGCACCAGCCGGAGGAGGCGGCGGAUUACAUGGAUGAUCCUCUCGUGCAGCUGAGAAUAGUGUUGGCGAAGGCUGACGCUGUCCCGGAAGAGGUCCGGCAGCCCGCCGGCGACCUCCUCCCGGUGCUGAUUCACGUCAAGGCGCCGGUGGCGGGGUUGGCAAAGAAGAAGCGGGCGCCGGUGGACAUGGUCGCCGUGCUGGACAUCAGCAGCUACGAGGCCAGGGAGACAAGGCUGGACCUGCUCAACACGGCCAUGGGCUACGUCAUGGAGAGGCUUAGCCACUACGACCGCCUCGCGCUCAUACCCUCUUCAGCUGCAUCUCAGCCCCCUGCUGCUGCAACAGCUUCCCCGUUAGGAGUAUUACACAAUAUGGAUGAACUGAUGCGGAGCAAGUACACCGACCUACUGUCAUCCGUCCUCGUCACAUCGACCGACAACGACCUCCCGCAUCAGACCUCGCGUUGGAGAUUGCAGCUGAUCAAGCAGUACAUGGGCCGUCGGCCUCCUGUUGCUGAAACGGUUUCUGGCAGUAACACUAACACCCCUACACUGUCGGAGUCACUCGCCCAUGCUUAUAAGAUAUUGGAUGAGCGGCCAUCAGACGACAAGAACCGAUACCCGGGUAUCGUCAUCGUCAUCUCCGACAGGGACAAGUUCUCCGACGACGAGCAGCAGAGAUUAAAGGCUCUAAUUACCUUCAACUACAAUACUAGUGUUGACAUCUUCGGCUUCUGUAGAGUGAACCUGGACGAGGACACUGCCAGGUUAAUGCACCAGGUAGCCAGCAAAUCCAAUGGCAUCUACGCCAUCGUCGACGAAUAUGAUAAUGAUCACAGGAAUCAAAUCACAGAGGCCUUCAUGGAUUGUAUCAACAAGAUCACCUCGGUCAUCGUUGACGAUGUAAGAGUCAGCAUCAGGUGCACUAGCAAAACGACAUUGCGCGCCAUCGAGAGUGGCCGAUUCAGGUCCAGCAUCGACCAUGGCAGCAACUCUGGUUCCAUCUUGGUCGGCCCCCUAUAUGCAGGCGCAGAGAAGAGAUUCAUGGCCUACGUGGACAACGUCGACCAUCACAGUGGUGCCUCCAAGCUGUUCACAGUUGAAGCCAUGUGUCAGCAUAUCAUGCAUCCAAGGAGAGACAAAGGGGAUGAUGCAAGAGUGGUUAUUUGCAAGCCGAACGAGGCAACUGUGGAAUCAACGGAGGUGGUGAAGGAGAUCGUUCGCAUCAAGGCGGUGAAGAUUGCCAGUGCCAUUACUGAUCCCAAGACCAAGAAAGAAGAUGUUUUGGAUGAUCUACAAGGGCUACGGAAGAGCCUCAUACGCGAGGGGCUCAGCAGACCCGACGAGGAUGAUGUGCGCUUACGGUUGCGGCCCGAAGGUUUCGCGCUACAAUCUGCUGCUAUUAUCGGUGACCAAAGCAUCGCCAGCAUGCUCCAAUGGCUAUCAUUCCAGAAGCUAUCUGAGCAGCCACCAAUGGCACCGACAAUGUCGUCGUCUGAACCUUCUACUUCUGCUGCUGCUGAUCUCGGCCAGGACGGGAGGACGAGAUCGAUCCAAAAUCUCCUAGCGCGGCGGCCCAGAUACGUGUCUCCUACUCUAGGCAGAGCAUCACGGUCAUAAUACCUACUUGCUUCCGAGUGUGGAAGCAUGUUAAGAGUGUGUUUGCUUCCCUGGAUAUCCUUGUAUGGAGUUCCAUAUGGUUGGCGAAAGUGGAAAAGAUGGCCAGGAAAAAAAAGAUAUUCUACGAAAUUAGAUGUUAGGGCAUGUUCAACAAUACUGGGCUCUAUCUCAAGCAACGUCAGCAACAAGAGUCUAUUUUAAAAUGAUACGUAUAAAGACAGAGUCAG